GAGAGACAGAGAUAUUGAGCUGGGUUUACUGAAAGUGAAGGGGAAUUGGCCACUCUGUUAUAUACUGCUAUCACUAUUAUGUACCCAUAAAAGGUAUUCACUUUUUUUCUUAAAUUUGAGACGUGCAAGAUAGCAUUAAAAACACUCAUAUUCCCUAAGGUGCUUGUUUCUACAUCAUAAUCCUCAUCGAGAAUUCAACAAUAUGGUGACAUAAAUAAAGCCACACACUUCCAUCUAACUCCACAAGCUAUCACAAUCCGUGACUGGUAGAGAUUCUGAAAGCUACAAUACAAAGAAGGAAAAGAAGGGAGAGAACUUGAUCCUUUUUUCUUUUAUCACCAAACUUGAUCGUUUUGGUUUUUGUUUUCUUGACACGAUUCGAGGAGCAAGAUCCAAUGACUGCGAACACAAACACGACGCCGAUCGUUGGGAAACUGUACUGUUCAUCGUCUCAGACGGUGCAUGUGGUGAGGAAGAGGCCACACGUGGUGAAUGGUGGUGGUUUUGUGGUGAUGGAUUCUAGUGGCCAGAGGGUUUUGUUCAGAGUCGAUGGUUGUGGUGUUCGUGGCAAAAAGGGAGACUUGAUCCUCAGAGAAGGAGAUGGAGACGCUUUGCUUCUCAUGCUUCGGAAGGGAGGCAUAGUUGAGGCCUUGAGCAUUUACAAGAAGUGGAAAGGUUACAGUUUAGACUACGAAGGAACACGGAAACUAGUUUUCAGCUUGAGAGAACCCAAUUCUUGUUUGUUUAAGAACAAGGCAAUCAGAAUCUUUACGAGGAACAGAGGGUGUGAUUUUAAGAUCAGUGGGUAUUUCCCGGACAAGUGUUGUAGCAUUGUAGACUCAAAAGGCAACGAGGUAGCACAGGUGAGGGUGAUGAAGGAGGUGGAGGAGUUGGUGGAAAACAAGGAUUUGUAUCAUGUGGUGGUGAAACCUGGGAUGGAUCAAGCUUUUGUUUUUGGAGUCAUAGCUAUUCUUGAUCACAUUUAUGGGGAAUCUACCCACUGCUGAAUUCAGAACUCAUCACAUAACCAAAUUGUGAUUGAAGAAUUUCUGAGAAAAGAAUCAUCAAAUAGUUUACGAUUAAUUUGUCUUGUAUAUUGCGGAGAAAUGUGGCUAUUAAGGCAGUUUUCCUCGUAUUAGAGGAGUUUGUCUUACAUUGAAUUUGUCUUGUUAAAUAAAAGAAACAUCCUUCUUUAA